GCAACACCUACUUAAACCCUGUGUUGCGAAGAUUCACCAUCAGUAGAAAAUAUACUUGGGCAUCUAAACAUGAAGGGCUUGACACUCCUCUUACUCGUUGGAGCCGCAGCAGCCGACUUUGUCGGGCAUGACCACGGAAACCAGCUUGCCCGGGCCGGUAGACAGGAAGGAGCCAUCCAGGGUGGGAUUGAUUUCUCCGGGUGUGUCCAAGAUGCUGAGACUGGACUCUGCUGUGUGGAGAAGGAGGAAACUGUUCAGACCUUGAAGAAGGAUCCAAUCCUAGAGUGCACACACAAGAACACUGAGCAGUGCCACUAUACAUAUGUCACCAAGUUCGUCCCAUCUCAGGAGGAAGUUUGCGAGGAAAACUUCGAGAAGACAUGUCAGAUCACCUUCAAGCAACAAGCUUUCAACGAGACCGUGGAGAAGUGUUAUAAACCUUCUAUCAAGGAAUGUAACGGCCAGGGAGAAGAAAUCUGCCAAACUGUUUAUGAAUCUGCUUGCACAACCAAGUAUGUUGAGAAGCAGCCUGGUAAGUUUGUUGCUGACACUAGCUGUGAGAAGCUUCCUGUAGAGAUCUGUGGUGCUGGAUGUGUAUUUACUGAAGGUGAGGAGGAAUGCCACAACAAGGUUAUCACAUCCAUCGUUGAUGUCCCCGAGGAGGUGUGUGACCUCAACCCCCAGAAGAUCUGCAAGUAUAUCACCAAGCUUGUUCCUCGUCUAGCCCCUGAGCAUCAGUGUACUAUUGUACCUAAGGAGACCUGUCAUCUCAAGUUUACCGCCCCUGUUCCCGUAGACAAACCUCUUCUCACCAAGUGGUGUUUGGACCCUACCCCUGCUGCCCCUGGAGAGUCAUAUGAUGAAAUUGACGCACGCGCCCCAGUCAUUGGAGCAGAAUCCGUUCUCAGCCAGGUUGCUGUGCGUGCACCUGCCCAGUACCAAGCAGCACCUGCAGAAUACGCGCCCUUUGCCAGAUUCUAGAUUCUA